CUCGGAUGAAUUGUCGUCUGCACAGAUGAGUGGGAAAACAAAAUUGUGCUUUCCGAAGGUCACAUGUACAAUUUUAGGGCACCUGGCGAUAUUUCAAAAUUUAAUUAAUUCUGGAAGGCUAAAGACAAGAAAAACAAGUGGAUAAAGCUGUUAAAGAAAAUGGCAAGAGGUGGCCCAAAUUUGGAGGCCAUGAAGAAUCUGGAUCUGAACCAGUUUCUGGACAAAGAUAUUGAUCUUACUCAGUUCUUCAGUCAACAAGAGCUGGAUGAUAUGGGCAUUCAUCAGCAAACAAGACUGAAAAACAUUGCACAGAAUUAUGAGAUUAUGCUCUAUAUGGGUUUGCCUGCAAUUAAACCCGACUUCAUGAAAGGUUGUUCUAAUAGAGCUAAAGGACCGAAAAUAAGGAACCAGGCCAGUCAUACCACUCUACCUUCUAAGAAUAAAAUUCAAUGUUCUGAUUCAGACAGUGAUGAAACUUGGACUCCAGAUUUAGAAAGAAAGAAAAGAGCUAGAGAAAAUAAGGUUUAUCCUACUUUCUCAACACCAAGAAAGCGAAAAUGUAAAAAUGAUGAUAUAAAAGAGAAAAAAACCAAGGUCUUGAAGCAGUCUAGUGACAGUUCUUCAAAGAAAAGGGUAUAUGAAUUUAGAGAAAGGAAAGCAGUGAAUUUCAUGCAUCUUGAAGCCCCAGACGAUGACCAUUUUCUCUGUAUGAUAUUUUUUGGAAUAGGAUACAUUAUAAUAGUACACUUUAAAAAAAUUCAUAAACGCCAUAACAUGAGAAUUUUGGUUACACAUGUACUUUUAAGCAAAUCUAAUGAAAU